GCUGAUCCCAGAAUAAUAUUCCAGUUUGCAAGAGUUCAAUUAGUUUAAUGAAAUUCCUAUUUAAUUGAAUUUCUUGCUUUAAAAUGAACUGUUCAAAGUGUCUUCCCUUGGGCCAGGCAUGGGUCACGCCUGUAAUCUCAAUGCUUUGGGAGGCUAAGGUGGGCAGAUUGCUUGAGCCCAGAAGUUUGAGACCAGCCUGGGCAAUAUAGUGGGACACUGUCUCUACAAAAAGUACAGAUUAGCCGGGUAUAAUGGCAUGUGCUUGUACUCCCAGCUACUUGGGGGGCUGAGGUGGGAGGAUUGAGCUCUGGAGGUUGAGGCUGCAGUGAGCUAUGAUUAUGCCACUGCACUCCAGCCUGGGCCACAGAUCGAGACUGUCUCAAAGACUAAACAAAAGCACAAAGUGCCUUCUUCCCUGGAAGUCUUUUUUUAUUUAGGAGAAGAGGUGAUCGGUGAAACUCGUCAUUGUAUACCUUGAGGAGUUGCUUUUGGUUUCAGGUGUUUUUCCAUCGCUGUUUCCAGACAAUUCCCACUAUUUUAAUUCACUUCCCACCUUGUUCCCCUAAAGGGUUGAAGGCCAAGUCUCACCAGAGCAGGCUCUCUUUGCAUGGAGCCAUUUCCUGUUGGCCACCCUCCUUCUUUACGCUUGCUUCUUGUGAACAGUUUUACCGGCUUCUAACUCCUGGGCCUCUGAACUUUGUAUGAGGUAUUCUCUUAACACUGGGCUGCUUACUUCAUUCUUUCAUUCAAGUAUUUACUGACCUGGACCCAGAUAUUGUUCUUAUAAUGAAGGCUAAGAAGUACCAGGUACCUGCUGAAGUGAAUAAGAGGGAUGAGACGGGGUGUGGUGGCAAUUUAGGGUGGCAAGGGAAGGUCCCUAACAGUGUCAUUUAAUCCGAUUGCUGAAUGAAAAGGAGCCAGCUCUGUGGAGAGCUGGGAAGUGUAUUUUGGGCAGAGGGAACAACAAAGACAGUGGCUUAGAAUCAUGGAAUGCCUGCGUUGUUCUGGGAGCUCAUAAAAGGUCACUGUGACCGGAGUCUCCUGUGUGCAGCUGGGGGAGGGAGGGGCUGCACAGCUCCGGGACAGGGGUCUGCUAGGUCACUGUGCGGAGGCAAGGCUUCAUUCCAGCAUCCUGAGCAGCCGCUGAAGGGUCUUAAGCAGGAGUGCAAGAACUGGGAUUGCUCAUUUAGAAAGUGGAUGUGUGGGAUAACAUGUCCAGUGUGUCCGAGGAGAGAAGAAAAAGGCAGCAGAACAUUAAGGAAGGACUGCAGUUCAUACAGUCGCCCCUGUCAUAUCCAGGAACACAGGAGCAAUAUGCGGUAUAUUUGCAUGCUCUCGUGAGAAAUCUUUUUAAUGAAGGAAAUGACGUUUAUCGGGAACGUGAUUGGAACAACUCGAUAAGCCAAUACACAGAAGCUUUGAAUAUAGCUGAUUAUGCAAAGUCUGAAGAAAUUUUAAUCCCCAAAGAAAUAAUUGAAAAACUAUAUAUAAAUCGUAUUGCCUGCUAUUCUAAUAUGGGUUGCCAUGAUAAAGUUUUGGAAGACUGCAAUAUAGUCCUCAGUUUAAAUGCCAGUAACUGCAAAGCCCUGUAUCGGAAAUCUAAGGCUUUAAGUGAUUUAGGAAGAUACAGAAAGGCUUAUGAUGCUGUAGCAAAGUGCUCCUUAGCAGUGCCUCAGGAUGAGCAUGUAAUAAAACUAACUCAAGAACUAGCUCAGAAAUUGGGAUUUAAAAUAAGAAAAGCAUAUGUCAGAGCUGAGCUCUCAUUAAAAUCAGUUCCUGGGGAUGGUGCUACCAAGGCUUUGAACUACUCUGUGGAAGAUAUCGAGCCAGAUUUAUUAACUCCAAGGCAAGAAGCAGUUCCUGUCGUCUCUUUACCUGCAUCCAGUUUUUCUCAUGAAGUUGGAAGUGAGCUGGCCUCAGUUCCCGUGAUGCCCUUAACUUCUGUUUUGCCACUGCAAGUGGAAGGGAGUGCUCUGCCAUCUUCUGCAGUGCUGGCAAAUGGAGGAAAGAUGCCCUUCACUAUGCCGGAAGCUUUUCUAGAUGAUGGAGAUAUGGUUCUUGGAGAUGAACUAGAUGACCUCCUUGAUUCUGCACCUGAAACUAAUGAAACUGUUAUGCCAUCAUCGUUAGUCCGAGGACCCCUUCAGACAGCCAGUGUCUCUCCUAGCAUGCCCUUUUCGGCAUCUCUGUUAGGAACCUUACCCAUUGGUGCGAGGUAUGCUCCUCCACCCUCCUUCUCAGAAUUGUAUCCAUCUUUGACUUCAUCCUUAGAAGAUUUUUGUUCUUCUUUAAAUUCAUUUUCAAUGAGUGAAUCAAAACGAGAUCUGUCCACCUCAACUUCUAGAGAGGGAACACCGCUUAACAACAGUAAUUCUUCCCUUUUACUUAUGAAUGGACCAGGUAGUUUGUUUGCUUCUGAAAAUUUCCUGGGAAUUUCAAAUCAGCCUAGAAAUGACUUUGGAAACUUUUUUGGAAGUGCAGUUACCAAACCAUCUUCAUCAGUGACCCCAAGACAUCCCCUUGAAGGAACCCAUGAAUUGAGACAAGCUUGCCAGAUCUGUUUUGUAAAAUCAGGUCCCAAGUUAAUGGAUUUCACUUACCAUGCUAAUAUAGAUCAUAAAUGUAAGAAAGAUAUUUUAAUUGGUAGGAUAAAGAAUGUUGAAGAUAAAUCAUGGAAAAAAAUACGUCCAAGACCAACAAAAACAAAUUAUGAAGGACCAUAUUACAUAUGUAAAGAUGUUGCUGCUGAGGAGGAAUGUCGAUAUUCAGGCCACUGCACAUUUGCUUAUUGCCAAGAGGAAAUAGAUGUAUGGACGCUGGAGCGGAAGGGGGCUUUCAGCCGUGAGGCGUUCUUUGGCGGCAAUGGAAAGAUUAACCUUACUGUAUUCAAACUUCUCCAGGAACAUCUUGGAGAAUUUAUAUUCCUAUGUGAGAAAUGUUUUGAUCAUAAGCCUAGAAUGAUAAGUAAAAGAAAUAAAGAUAAUUCUACUGCUUGUUCUCACCCGGUUACAAAGCAUGAGUUUGAAGACAAUAAGUGCCUUGUCCACAUUUUGCGAGAGACAACAGUAAAAUACUCCAAAAUACGUUCUUUUCAUGGUCAGUGUCAGCUUGAUUUAUGUCGACAUGAGGUUCGGUAUGGCUGUUUAAGGGAAGAUGAGUGCUUUUAUGCCCAUAGUCUUGUGGAGCUGAAAGUCUGGAUUAUGCAAAAUGAAACAGGUAUAUCACAUGAUGCUAUUGCUCAAGAAUCUAAACGAUAUUGGCAGAAUUUGGAAGCAAAUGUACCUGGAGCACAGGUACUUGGUAAUCAAAUAAUGCCUGGAUCUCUUAAUAUGAAGAUCAAGUUUGUGUGUGCCCAGUGUCUGAGAAACGGUCAAGUCAUUGAACCAGACAAAAACAGAAAAUAUUGUAGUGCAAAAGCAAGGCAUUCGUGGACCAAAGACCGGCGUGCGAUGAGAGUGAUGUCUAUUGAACGUAAGAAGUGGAUGAACAUCCGUCCUCUCCCCACAAAGAAACAAAUGCCUUUACAGUUUGAUCUGUGCAACCACAUUGCUUCUGGGAAAAAAUGUCAAUAUGUUGGAAACUGUUCCUUUGCUCAUAGUCCUGAGGAAAGAGAAGUUUGGACUUACAUGAAGGAGAAUGGGAUACAAGAUAUGGAGCAAUUUUAUGAACUCUGGCUAAAGAGUCAAAAAAAUGAAAAAAGUGAAGAUGUAGCCAGUCAGUCAAACAAGGAAAAUGGAAAACAAAUUCACAUGCCAACAGAUUAUGCUGAAGUUACAGUGGACUUUCACUGCUGGAUGUGUGGGAAAAACUGCAACAGUGAGAAGCAGUGGCAGGGCCACAUCUCCUCUGAGAAGCACAAAGAGAAGGUUUUCCACACCGAGGACGACCAGUACUGCUGGCAGCACCGCUUCCCAACAGGGUAUUUCAGUAUUUGUGAUAGGUAUAUGAAUGGCACCUGCCCAGAAGGAAGCAGCUGUAAAUUUGCACAUGGAAACGCCGAACUUCAUGAAUGGGAAGAAAGAAGAGACGCCCUAAAGAUGAAGCUCAACAAAGCACGAAAAGAUCACUUAAUUGCCCCAAAUGAUAAUGACUUUGGAAAAUAUAGUUUUUUGUUUAAAGAUUUAAACUAAUAUGCUGGCUUUUAUGUAUGAUACCUAAUCAGAGCAUUGACCAGAAAAAUUGAAAGUGUUCUAAGGCACAUAGCAGAGGAGCUGCAGAUUUUCUGCUUGUAUUGGCGUAUAUCGUUCCUCCUGAGCAGCAACCCACAAGUAGGUAGGAAAAUGGGCUGUUUCACAGGUCUGGCCACGCUCUCACGGAACCAUUGGCAUCAGAUGGUGAAGUGACUGCUACCCGGUUGCCAUCUGUUGAACAGACUUUUGGAUGAAGUGUGUUGGGGAAGAGGAUAAGGUUAUAUCUAGGACAGCUCUUUGAGUUGGUCCUUCAUAUUAAGAAUCAUGACGGUAAGAGAAUCAACACUUGUACUGGGAUCAGAAUACAUGAUGGAUGAAAUUCUUUACAUGUUUUAGCAGAAUGAAUUUGUUUAAUAUAAUAAAGUUUGCUACUUAUCUGUAUGUAGGUUGCUAAAAAGGAUUUUCUUAACUCAGAUUUUAAGCCAAAUAACCAUUUAACACUAGUAUUUGUUAAAUGGGGUAUUUUUCUGUAUUUGUAUGUUUCACUAUAAUAAGGGAAUUAAGGAUAAUGUGCAUUGAGAAUAUUUUGAAAAAUAAUUAAUUGAUUCAAAUUUUAUUUCUUGGUCUUUUGCUGUUUAAAUGAUGAUUUUGAAAGAUUAAACCUGUACUGUUGGUAUUGUGUUAGUGUAUGGACCAAUACUGCCUGUAAUAAAGAUUUUAUAUAUAGAUGCCUUUCA